UUGAGCGCGAGGCGCGUCGCGAGCUGCCCGCGAGCGCUCGCAACAAACAGCAGCCUGGCCGGGCAGCGAUUCGCGCGCGAGGACAAAGUGAAAGAAUCCGGAGAGGCUGCAGCGGCGUUCCAAAAGAAAGUUGCAUUCCAGGGCCGGGGCGGCAGCAACCAGCCGCUUGCCCGGGGGGCGCUUUCUCACGGAGGCGGUGGAUCCUCCAGCCCUUGCGGAGCGGGGGCGAAGAAGAGGCGGAGGACGGGGGGGUUGUAACUGGGGGCCGAGAAAAUGAAUCGGAGCUUUAACAAAUCUCCGAGCCUGCGGUAUUUUGGUUAUAGCGCGGUGGAAGUCAAAAGUAAGUUUGGUGCAGAAUUUCGAAGAUUUUCUCUGGAUCGUUACAAGCCAGGGAAAUUUGAAGACUUCUACAAACUUAUUCUUCACAUCCACCACAUAUCUAACAUGGAAGUUAUGAUUGGAUAUGCAGAUAUACAUGGGGAUCUUCUUCCUAUUAAUAAUGAUGACAACUUCUUCAAGGCUGUCUCAAGUGCAAACCCGUUGCUUAGGAUUUUUAUACAAAAACAAGAUGAAGCAGAUUAUGGUAAUUUUGGUUCAAACACCUUGACUAGGAAAAAGAAAGCUCUGGUGGCCCUCCGGAACGACAAUCUUCGUAGGCGCCCCCACGUUAAUAUCAGCAUGCCACACGAUUUUCGGCCUGUGUCUUCCAUCAUUGAUGUGGACAUUUUACCUGAAACUCAUAGGAGGGUAAGAUUAUAUCGACAUGGAUGUGAAAAGCCGCUGGGAUUUUACAUUCGUGAUGGGACGAGCGUCAGAGUAACUCCUCACGGGCUGGAAAAGGUACCGGGCAUCUUCAUCUCACGGAUGGUUCCUGGCGGCUUAGCAGAGAGCACAGGCUUGCUAGCUGUCAAUGACGAAGUCCUGGAAGUGAAUGGCAUAGAAGUGGCAGGAAAAACUCUUGACCAGGUAACAGACAUGAUGAUCGCCAACAGCCAUAAUCUGAUCAUCACCGUCAAGCCAGCAAACCAAAGGAACAAUAUUAUCAGAAGCAGUCGGAUGUCUGGGAGCUCUGGCCAAUCUACAGACAGCACUGCGAGCCACCAUAGUUUGCCCUCUUCUCAUGUCCUGCAGAACUUCCACCCUGAUGAAAUGGAGAGUGACGAGGAGGCUGACAUUGUAAUCGAGGGUUGCCUGGAACCACAGCACAUUCCAAAAUCACACAGUCUUCCUUCCGGCAGCCUGUCCCGAAUUAAUGGCAGCAGUCUUAGCCACAGACUUCAGAGGGACCUGGUAUUCAACAACAGCUUGGGGCGUGAAAGCAAUGGCAAUAUUCACAAAAUUCUAAGUUCCUUAAAAACUGAUCCUCGUCAUAGCUUGGUUAUCCCUAAAGGUGGCAUCGAGGAGGAUGGAACGGUGAUUACACUCUAGUCUGACGUCUUUAUGUCUUUAGUCCCUCGUGCCAACUAGAUCAAAUCUAUCAACCUAUUAAGGAGUGAGAACGUCCUCGUUGACCUUCAUGUGAAACAUGUUACUGUCCGUAAAAGGACUGUUUCUAAAGUACACAUAAAUGUGUGACCUAUCGCAACUCACGAAAAAUUGUAAAUACGUUUUUUUUUUAUUUCCAGGGCCAAAUUGAGGGGGUGAGUGGCAAGCUAAACUGUUUUUAGGAAAAUCUUACAAAAAACCUUUGGCUAUACUACAGAAAUACUAGCAGUUGAACUGUGUAUCUGCUACUUAUGUAGAGGUACUCUUCAUACAUCCAGGUGCACAGUUUAUAUUUUGGUGAUGAUAACAAUUUGGAAUGGGUAUUCAUAAAUUAGUCUCAGAGGAAAAGCUACUCUUGAAUGUUCUAAAAUUCCAAGGGUUAAUUUCCUGCCACUAGAUACUGUUCUUUAGCUUGUUUACACACAAAGAUUGACUAUCUUGCACCUAAUUCAGAAAAGGACUGCCUAAAGAGUCAGCUUUGUACUCUGGCAGUAACGUUGAAGGGGAUGCUUUAUUUACAUUUUUAAAACAAAAUGUUGACCAAAUAAUGAUUUGUAUUAUAUUUUUUUAAAGACUGGAAGUGAAGUAGAAGAUGGAUAUUAUUGGCAUCAUUUUCUUUUAGAUCAGCACUGCCUGCUGGUCAGUAACAGUACUGCCUGAACUUAAACUUCAGUGCUACAUGUGAAAAGGUAGGGAAAGGACAGCAUGGAAGAUUUAAUCACUGCACCGCUAUUAUGUGGGGUUUGCAUUCUCUUUUUAUUGCUGAAAUAAUUAUUAGAGAAACGUAAUUGUCUUAUCUUGGUAACGUGAUCGGAUAAGAAAACUUAACAAUCCCUUUGCUUUGGCGCAGUUGCGGAUUCAUCCAAAUUGAUCAAUGUGUUCAGAAUUAAUUUCAACCCUGAGUCUUGAAUCAUGAAAGCCGGCUACUGUUUGGGGCGUAUUGACUGAUUUUCUAAUCUAGUUUAUAGAACUCUUUUUUUCCCUUCCCAGAGUUGCUGCAAUUCUGCAACAUGCGGGGAGUUUUAAGCAAAGUGUAUCUUAGCCUGUUGUUGUCAUGAUCAUGAUUAAUUAUAAAAUGAGGCAAUAACAGUCUACUCCAAAAUAAAGUUUUUCCCAGCUCUGUUUUCUCUCUUCCAUAAAAUGCCACAAGUUGUUAAUAGAAAAGAAUCUGUUGAACAUAUUCAUGAAAUGUCUAGGAACAAAAUAUUGUUUUACAGUGUAUUUUUCUAUUUUUAGCUGUCAUUUUUCUUUGUUUUUAAUGUGUAGUAUUGUGUAUAAUUAAAGUAUUUCUAAAGAAA